AUGAAACCAGAAACUUUAGUUAUGAAUAUAAUAGAAGCUAUUGUAACAGCUUCACCAGCUGUAAUAACUUUCAACGGUAAAAAAUUCAGCAUAACGAAAAAACUUAUUGAUAAAUACAAAUAUUGUAAAGUCAGAGACGAUAUAGAUUUAGAAAGAAUUGACGCGAACGCAAAAGAAGGUGGAUUUUUACCUUUCCUUCUACCUUUAAUAUUUGAUGGUAUUGCAGCGGUGGGUGCAGCUACUGGAAGAAUAUCUGCCGCAGUCAAAGCUGCCAACGCAAAGAAAGCAGCUGAUGCUAAAGCCGCUGAAGAACGCAGACACAAUUUAGCAAUUGAAAAGGAAGCACGAGGUUCAGGAGUGGGAGAUAUGAUAGGCACAAUAAAAGAAUUUGGAAAAAGAUUUGGGGAAGAAACCAAGAAAACUGUUAAACAAGGAUUAAAUAAAUUAGUAGAUAGUAUUGACACAGGAGAAGUCAAAGUCAAACAUAAGGGUAAUAGAAUAUUUUUAAAAAAUAUACACACUGGAGAAGGAAUAUUUCUUUCAAAGUAUAAAGGAGAAGGAGUGAUUUUUGGAAUAAAAUAA